AAGACAGGAUAGAGUAGAAAUAAAGCCGAGAACGUGCAAUGGAAGCCUGUGCAAUGAAAGUCCAUGUAAUGAAAGCAAAUAACUUUAUAAUUAAAUAUUGCGAUGUUUGGAUUGCAUACUGUGAACUUCAAAUUUAUGUUCUGGUAAAAUAUCCAUCACCAGAACAUUCAUCUCAUGCUUUGCAUAAAUGACUUUGCCCUGGGACAAAAACAUUUUAUUUAGCUCUGUUUGUCUGGUGCAGAGCAGUCAGCAUGCCUCUAUUAGUAGGUGUGUGCUCGUGCUGUUUGCAUUGUGUAUGUGUGUGUGUGUGUGUGUGUGUGUACAGGAGUUAUUUCAUGGAUGGCUUGCCUGUGCACACACCCAGUUGUCAAGUGAUCCCUAUAUUCAAGCCUGGCUCUCUGCUUCAGACUGAAGCAACACUGCAACAUUCAAGGAUUUAAUGAGACAGAUUUUUUUGGACGUGUUCCCUUAAUAUUAAAUAGUCCCACAGAGCUGCUGUCAUUCUUUAAGGCACAAUGUUUCCACUGGUUAAUAGAUGAAGAAGAAGGAGCUCCAGCCAUAAAGGUUUUAUGAGGUUUGUGCCAUAUCUCAGUCCUUAUCUGCUGACGUCACUUAGAUAGAGGCCCAUAACUGUGAUUACCCAUCCAUAAAAAAAGAUAAGACAAAGCACAAAGCCUAAAAAAAUACAGACAUAGUAUGAAGAAGCAAGUACGUGACCUGAGAAACGCAAAAAUCAGCUGGUUCAAAUGAAAUCAACCUUCCAAGUUAGUCACUUGUUGCAUCCCCAGUAGAGGACAAUGUGAGCAGUAAAGCAUGGUUACAACCAGUGGCUCUGCAUGGACAAAGCCUGUCCCUAACCAGUCCAUACAAAGAACAUCAGAGAAAGGAGACAGAGAUACCCCGCCUUUCAACAAGGCUUCUAUGAUGAGGUCAUUUUAUUUGUCAGAUAGGUGGAGGAUUUUUUCUUCUUUUGAGGAGCAGAACAAAAUUAUCUUUUUUUUUCAACUAUGUUCUGGAAUUCUAGUGCACAGAUUAGAAAUAAUAGUCCUGAAGAGGCUUUAUAUCGACAACACAGAUGACAGUCAUGGUGGAGUAAAAUUGAUUGUUCUCACCAUAGCCAGCAGGAACCUGGCUUGGCCUUGGAAAGAUGUGUUCUGCAAGGUUGACUGGUUUCACAAAAUCAAUACCAGCCAACAAGCAGCACUAGCUGUAUUCAGAGCUGUUUCUGGAUAUCACUGAUCCAUGAUCCACUGAUUCAUGAUCUGUGAUAUAGACCAAUCCAAUUUAACUCAAAAAGGACUAAAAAAAAAAGGAAAGACUAAACCGUGCAUUUGGUGACUUUGUCAAUCAUUCUGUCAAAGUUCUGCUUGCAAAUCCAACACUUUUCCUUCCCAAGCAAAACACAAGUACUAUAAAAUACCCCAUAACUCUUUAAAAUAUCUGAGAGGCAGAGUGGCCUUUGACGAUCAAGCAGGUGUUAAUGCUGAGUGUGACUGUUCUGAAAAGGCAGACCUAUGUCUCAGUUGCUAACAGAGUCAUUUAUGCUCAUGUUGAAGCUCCAGUUAUUGCUGCAGUGUGUGUGGGUGGGUGUAAGUGGGUGGAUAGUGAGCGUGUUGAUAAGACUGUAAAAAGGCAUAGUCUUGAGCAGCUCAGCUCAAGUGGUGGGAGGAGUGGCAACCCCAGUUACAUCAUGUCACUGUGCAUACAGUCCCUCAGAGCCAUCGUUAUCAGACCUUCAGUACACAUUAGAAGCAAAGGAUUAGCUCUGGUGCAUCGUGGAUCGAGGAGAAAGGCACUGAAUGGCAGCCAUUCUGGGUACCAAGGAUGGACUGGUAUAUGCAGAGAGCUCUAGUGCCCAUACUAGACACAGUCAUCAUAGUAAUUGGACUGCUGGGCCACUCAUUGGUAAUCUUCAUCUUGGUAAGGAGGAGGCGGAAGACAGUGUCUCGGUCUUUUCACGGGACUGAUACACUACUACUGGCCUUGAGCACCUCAGACAUGCUGCUGCUACUCUCUUUGCCUUUCCACACAGCUGCAAUUGCACUGGGCAACUGGCCUUUCGGAAGCUUACUAUGCAAAGCUGUCAGCUUCCUGGGAGUGGCCUGUAACACCUUUAGUGCGUUCACCCUAGCUGCACUAGCAGUAACACGCUAUAUGACAGUGGUACACCCAACCUGGGCAUACCGCUCCAGGAUGAAGCGCUGGCUUCAAGUCUCAGCAGUUCUGCUUUGGGCACCGGCUAUGGCGCUGGCUGCUCCACAAUUUGCCUUCCGCAACGUGGGCACGUACGCCGCAACACAUUGCUUUGCCUUCCUCAGUGACAUCAGCCAGGUGGUCUACAGCACUGCCCUCUUCUUGUUCAGCUUCGUCCUGCCUCUACUGGUCAUCAUCCUCAUGUAUGCCAAACUCUACAGUUUCCUGCGUAAGACUACCUUGCAGGGGCAUGCUCUGCAGUUGCAACGCUAUCAUAGGUUGGUGACCCAAACCACAGCGUUGCUUGUUGUCGUGUUCACAGUCUGCUGGCUACCUUCCUAUAUAGUGAUGUUCUGCCGAAUUGGUAAGAGUGUCAACAGCACAAGCAGGCUUCGCUCUCUAGCACUGUUGGCACGGUUAAUGGCCACAUCAUCUUCCAUGGUCAACCCACUGCUGUAUGCUUUUGUGUCACAGAAGUUCCGUCGGGAGUUGCUGGGCAAGGCAGAGUGUGGGGACUGUAUGGUUGUGCGCUGGCUUGUGUGUUGUCCAGAGAGAAGCAGGGACAUUGUACAGCCCUUUAACCCUGCAGAGCUGGAAACUACACCUCCACAAUAGAAGCAAAAGACACUGAUGUUGAAACCUCAUUCUGUUAUUAAGAUUUCAAGAAUCUUGUAGGGUUUUUUUUUAACUAGUAGCCAACUGAGGAUGUCAAGCAGGGGACCAUAAUUUCAGUUUGUAUUAGGAACAGAGCUUUAAAACAGAGCUGUAUUGGGAAACUAUAAAAGAUGGAAAAGCACAACAGUUUAGUUAUAUUUAUCCAUGAAUGAGUCAUGUUUUAACGUGUUCAUAUCACUGACAACCUUGUUUUUUCCAUUAUAUAGAGACUCCAGACUAAUAUGGCAUUUAUGUCUGUUUACUUCCUGACAUAUACAUAGAUGCUUUACUCUAUUUAUAAACUAUGGAAACCUCAUUACCCAUAAGCACCUAACAUCAGUGUUUACAGUUUAAUUAAAAAUAUGGGUCUGUGCAUUUAGUAUUGCA